AUGCCAGACAACUAUUUAACCUAUACUGGUUCGAAUUCUACAGAGACUAUUGAAAGCAGCACAAGCUCUAAUAUCAAUGGUGCCAAUAGUCAAAGUUUAUCACCUUCUUCAUUGGUCAUUAAUAUCCAAAAGCUGCUGUCUCCAAUAACUCUUUUGAAUGACGAUAUCUUAAAUUUAAUCUUGAGACAAUUGAACCAGAUUGAUGUGAUCAAUUUAUCACUUACUCACAGACACUUUUGUAGUGCAUGCAAACGUCGACUUCAUGCAACCAUUUAUGUUUAUUACGAUACUAAUGGCAAUGGCUCUCUACUCAAACACCAUGUUCCGCGAAACUGGUACGGUCCGCCAUUUGUAGGACAAACUGUGCUUUCAAACACAAAUUUCAAAAAAUAUUUACGCAGUCCAAAUGCUUUUACCUGUUUGAACAACUUGGUAAUUUUCAAUCAUUCAAUGGUUGAUGACGAAAUGUUGAGAUUUAUGCAGAGGACCCUCAACUGCAGAAUCUUGACCGAUCGACUUGGUGGAGGUGGUAGCGAUAUUAAUGAAACAGUGGCUUUACAACAAGAGUUGAACAAAGAGCUUAAACAACCCCAUUGUCUGAUAUUAUUUGAUUUUCAACUGCCUUUGCUCGGCAACGAGGAUUAUGAAUUUACAUGCGACAAUUUCCAAAUUAUGGAUUGGAGACAAUUUAUCCCAAACAAGAGAUUUCAUGCUACAAGUUUGGGCAUUAUGGGUUUUGAAAAACAAGCUUCCAGCAAAUUGUUUGAAAUAAACCUCGGCUGUCUAAAGUCUCUUACCAUUGCUGGAUUCAUGGGCAAACCUUUUCCAGAAUUAAAUGACAUUGAGAAUUUUGCUUCAAAAUUGACUUCCUUAAAAUGUCUACACCUUCAUAUCGGUAAAAAGAGCUGGUUUGAGUUUUGCAGAGCUAUACGUCAAAACUCACUACGUGAGCUUGCAGUACCAAUUUCAGUAACAAACCUGUGUGAUUUUUCAUUUGAAUUAUUGAAUUCUUUGCAAUUACAAUCCAAGUCUUUAAAAAGACUCGUACUACGCACACCUCCAUACAUUCCCGAUGCCACCUUCUUCACAGCAGGAACUCCUGAACGAGAAUUGGAGUAUUUUUUCAUCUUUCCGAAUUUGGAAGAAAUUGUCGAUAAAAUGGAGCUCUACACACUCGACAGAGUGUACACAACAAUGAAUACAAUUGACUUUCAUAGAGGAUCAUUAUGUGACCCCAGAACCUGUAACGGACUCCACAUUACUGAGCAAGAAUAA